UUUUUUUUUUACUAUGUUUUGAAAAGACCAAUCCAAAAUCGUCCAAAAUUGCUAGAGUUUGGAAGCAGAAUAUGCGUAGAAGCUGGUAAUGCCGACACCAUAAUUUUUCCACGUUCCUGGAAUCUUUAAAAAUGAAAUCAUCUAAUUCUUUUGGAAACCUCAGGGACGUUUCGCGCGUACCUUCCAAAAUUGAAGUACAAAAACAAAAAGACGACUUUCGCGAAGAGUCUUUCUUAAUACAAAAGAUUGAAAAUUGCCUAUGAUCCGAUGAUGGGGGCAAAGGGCUGCAGUUGAACUUGACUUGUCCAACAUGCCUUAGGUGACACUGUGGAAAAUUUUAUCUUACAAGGAAGGGUGUGAUCAAUAAUGUAUAGAGAAAGGCAGGUUAUAGAAAUAAUUUAAACGAAGCUUCUGGCCUGCAUGAAAAAGCCGGCAACUUCCAAACUUUCUCCUGCCCGUUUCUGCUUUUUGGCUUCUUCCUCGCAUCAGCAUGACUAAACUUUUCUAGUGCCAUUAACCUUUAUGGGUCGACAAAGGGGCAUAUUGCAUUAUGAUUUUGGAAAAGUGUGAUGGAGAAAUAUGGUUUUGUAUAUAACACUUUACAGUUUUGUGGUCUUCAAUCAACCAUUUUAUGGAUGAUAUGACUUUUUGGGUUUCGUUUUUUUCACUUUUCUUGACUUGUUUGAAUCAUUUCAUUUGUUUGUAAAAUGAAAUUUCCAGGAAAAGGAAUCAUUCAGUAAGUUUUACAAUUCAUCAAUAAAAUAUAAGGAUGACGCUUAAUCAAUUCCUUAGACCGAACAUAUUUUGUCGGUUUAGUCUUACAAUUCACUUCUCUUCUUCAGUUGUCUUGAUUUUUAUUCAUCUUUAGUUCUUUGCUACGUAUAAAAAACACUUCAUACUUGACUUUGCAGUUAAAAAUGGCUUUAAUCAAAGACAAUGGUGGAUGCCUUUUGCAAAUGGCUUGCAUAUUUUUGGUCAGCACAAAGUGAAGAACAUGAAGUAGCAACAGGACAAGGUCAAAUAGAGUAUGCUGAUGGGAUUCCCAUUGGACAAACUUGUUCAACGCUCAAAGUGGAAGACUUUUUGCAUUUACGGUCUAUGAAAUAACAGGAGCAAAAAAGAAGGAAAAAUAUUAACAUAUAGAAAGAAUGCAAUCAACUUGGAUUAGCGAGGCCUCAAAAGCCUGCUGUUCUGGUUGUUGUCCAAAUCCUUUUCCUGGUCUUCCUGAGUUUCAUGCUGCAACUUCACCGAUUCCAAGCAGUGCUGCAGCAUCACGGUAUGAGUUUGAGGUUAGCACAGCUUCUUCUCUUUACCCAAAUUUCCAAUUUACCAAUCAUGAGUCUCUUCCUUCUUUUGAGGAAACGUUUUCUGGUUUCAACAAAGUGUACCCUCAAUAUUCCCAAACGUAUCAGGCUGACAAAAUCCGAUCUCAAGAAUACUAUCAUCUUUCCCUCUCUAAGCAUGUCUGUCUUGACUACAUUGGCCAUGGCCUUUUCUCUUACUCUCAGCUUGAAAGUCUAUAUCCAGGAUCUCCAGUUGCGUCUCCUUCAUCUUCUCCUCCACCGCCUGUACAUUCACUUACUUUAGAACCUCCAUUUUUUGAUAUUUCCUGCAAGCCAAUAAACCUGAAUUCUCAGCUAUUAUAUGGUGGUGAAGAGUCAGAAUUUCAGUCCGAUAUUAGGAAAAGGAUCAUGGCUUUCAUUAAUAUCUCAGAAGCUGAAUACACCAUGGUUCUAACUGCCAAUCAAUCCUCUGCUUUCAAGCUUAUGGCAGAGGUUUAUCCAUUUCAGUCUAGUCCAAAUCUUCUCGCGGUUUAUGACUAUCAAAGUGAGGCUGUGGAAGUGAUGGUUGAAAGCUCCAAGAAGCGAGGAGCAAAUGUCCAGUCGGCUAAUUUCUCAUGGCCUAAUCUACGAAUUCAAUCAGAAAAAUUGAGAAAGAAGAUAGUGAAUAAAAGCAAGCACAAGAAAAAAGGACUUUUUGUUUUCCCACUUCAAUCACGGGUUACAGGAUCGAGGUAUUCAUAUCAGUGGAUGAGCCUGGCUCAGGAGAAUGGGUGGCAUGUGUUGCUUGAUGCAUCUGCUUUGGGAGCUAAGGACAUGGAGACCUUGGGGCUUUCUCUCUUUAAUCCUGACUUCCUAAUUUGCUCAUUUUUCAAGGUUUUUGGAGAAAAUCCAGUAGGAUUCUGUUGCUUGUUCAUCAGAAAAUCUAGUGCUUCGGUUUUGAAGGAUUCAGCAACUGCAACAAGUGUGGGAAUAGUGAAUCUUUUCCCAGCGUCAAGGCCAACUCCAAUCCCUGAAAAACCAGCUAUUUCUUGCAUUGAAACCAAACAGAAGUUGGAUGAAUUUCCUGUUCGAGGCUCAUUCUCAGGCCCGAUAUCUAUCCAACAGAGGAAUGAUGAAAGCACUUGUGAACUGAAGAAAAUUGAAGGAACCAAAGCAAAGAAAAAGACUGUAUCAUUUUCUGAAAUUGAAGAAGUGAUAGAUACAACCUUUGAAUCUGCUAGCCCAACAAUCACCAACACCCCCCAGAUUAAAACCCCGCAAAUUGAAUGUAGAAGCUUGGAUCAUGCAGAUUCGUUAGGCCAGAUACUAAUCAGCAGCAGGACAAGGAACCUGAUCAACUGGUUGGUGAAUGCAUUGAUGAGCCUUGAACAUCCACAUUCAGAAAAAGGAAUUCCUGCGGUCAGAAUCUAUGGACCCAAAAUAACGUUUGACCGAGGACCUGCCGUGGCAUUUAAUGUAUUCGAUUGGAAAGGAGAGAAGAUUGAUCCUGCAUUAGUACAAAAGCUGGCUGAUAGAAACAAAAUUUCUUUAAGCAUUGGAUUUUUGCAACACAUUUGGUUCUCAGAUAAGCAUGAAGAAGAGAAGGAAAGGGUAUUACAGACAAGAACAAGUGAAGCUGAAGGAACAAUCUCAAGCAAGAAGAGAGAUAAAUUUCAUUCUGGAAUAUCUGUUUUGACGGCUGCACUUGGAUUCCUGACAAACUUUGAAGAUAUAUAUAGGCUUUGGGCAUUUGUUUCCAGGUUCCUGGAUGCUGAUUUCUUGGAGAAAGAGAAAUGGAGAUACAAAGCUCUUAAUCAACAAACAAUUCAAAUUUAAGCCAAAACUAUUCUUUCAUUCUUUCAGAACAGAAGAUCACUUAUUAUCUACUGUAACUAGAGAAUGCUGUGCUCCCAUAACUCUCCCAUUUUUUUCCUCUCUUCUGCAGACUUCUGCAGUUCAACAACUACAGUGCAGCAUCUGUAAAUUUGUGCAGUUGCCCACCACAAAAAGGAAAAAAAAUGGAGAUAGCAAGGAAUAUAACUUUGUCUCAAUCAGUUAAUGAAAUCAUAUUGAACAAAAAAAAAAAAUCAGUUAAUGAAUCUGACAAAAUUGACAUAAACAAUACAAUCCGUCUAUGCAGUUGACUCAGAUAUCAGGAUAGGAAUCGUCUGUUAAUUUUCUUAUUUUAAUAUAAAUUGUUAUAGAUUGUAGAUAUAGAACAAGUUUUAAGUUGCAACAUCUAAGGAAAAAAAUGGGGAGAUUUACCUCGACUUGAAUAAGUUUGAGACAGUCAUGAAGAGAACAGAAACGGGAGUCCAGGACCAAGUGAGUUUGAGACAGAUUUCAAUUUGGGAACGCAGAGGCCCAACAACGGGUUAAGAAUUUGAAGGCCUAUCCUAAUGGUUAAGCUUUCUCAAGUGGGCUUGGGUCUUAGGAACAUUUGAAUUUGAUCGCUUUAAAGCCCAGUACCAAUUGAAUUUAAGUCUUCGUGU